CUACUUUUAAAUAUUACUAUCAUUACAUAAAUACAGACAGGCACAUAGAGACAGGUCUAAUUAGGCCAGCCAUUUAAUGUUGCUACGGUAACUAAUAACUGGUUGAGCUGUGAAUGGGGAUUUUAAGAUUAGUCAGAUCUAGUGAGUUCGGAGUGGGAGGGUUUGGCUUAUGAGUAACUGUGUUCCUUGUGCGACAGUUUGCUUUUAGUGUAGUCAUUCUAUCUGAUAAAGCAGGAAUCACCUGUUCUGCUGUCUAGAGAGGACAAAAUACCGACUGCUUCAGUCAAGAUUAGGAGCUACAUAUGCUAAAAUGCUCCCAGAGAAACAACUCCAAUGCAGCAUCUGCCAGCAGGUGUUUACCGACCCAGUGACCACUCCCUGUGGACACAACUUCUGCCAAGCCUGCAUUGUGCGUGUAUGGGACAGCAGCGAUGUCUGCCAGUGCCCUGCCUGCCAAAAGACGUUUACUCCAAGGCCUGAAAUAAGCAUCAACACAGCCUUCAAAGAGCUGGCAGAAACAUUAAAACAAAUGAUCAUCUGUUCUUCAGCCUCCCCUCUGUCUGCAGCCAAACCAGGUGAGGUCGUGUGUGAUGUGUGUGCUGCCACCUCCCUGCAGGUAAGGGCCCUUAAGUCCUGCCUAGUGUGUCUGACAUCUUACUGUGAGGCCCACCUGGAGCCACACCGUACAGUCGCCACCCUGAAGCAGCACAAGCUGAUGAAACCGGUGGAGAACCUACAGCAGAGGCUGUGCAAGAAGCAUGAGAGGCUGCUGGACAUGUUCUGCAGGGAGGAGCAGAUGUGUGUCUGCCAGUUCUGCACUGAAACGAAGCACAAAAAUCACCAGGCAGUAACAAUAGAGGACGAAAGCAAAGAGAGAAAGGUUCAUAUGAAGCAAACAGAGGCCAAUUUUGAUCAGAUGAUCCAGGAGAGGCAGAAAAAAAUUGAAGAGAUCAUAAACUGUCUCAAGCUGAGCACACAGAGUGCUGAGAAGGAGAAGAAGGCGAGUGACAGUCUCUUCACGUCGAUGAUCAACUCAAUAAAAGAGAGGCAAGCAGAGGCCAAUGCAGAAAUUGAGGAGAAGCAGAGAGCGGAAGAGAAGAGGGCCAAGGAGCUCACUGAAGAGCUUCAGCUGGAAAUCACCGAGCUGCAGAAGAGAAACACUGAACUGAAGGAGCUACAGCACACAGAUGAUCAUCUGCACCUCCUGCAGAGAGUUCCCUCCCUGGUGUCCCUUCCACCAACCAACAGGGAUUGGUCAGAAACCAGGAUCUACCCUGAGCUUUGUGUUGGAACAGUGAGGAGAGCGUUUUCCAGACUGGCCAACACACUGAAAAACAACCUGGAUAGCUUGAAGAAAGACGAGAUAAGGAGGAUGCAAAGAUAUGCAGUGGACGUGGUGUUGGACCCAGAUACAGCCCACCCAAACAUCGUCCUGUCAUCCGAUGGAAAGCAAGCGGGCCGAGGAGAGGCCCUGCAGGUGGUUCCUGACAAUCCCCUACGCUUCGACCCGGUUAUCUGUGUCGUGAGCAAGAAAAGCUUCCGAUCUGGGAGGUUCUACUUUCAGGUUGCUGUUGGGAACAAGACCUUCUGGGACCUGGGUGUGGUCAAAGAGUCGGUGAACAGGAAGGGUAUGAUCACCUCCACCCCAGAGAAUGGCUACUGGACGGUUCGUUUGAGGAACGGCAGUGAGUAUCGAGCCCUGGACUCUCCCUCUGUCCUACUGGCUCUCCAGAAGAAGCCAAAGACUGUGGGAGUGUUCACAGAUUACGAGGAGGGGACGGUGUCGUUCUUUGAUGUGGAUGCCCGAUCCCACAUGUACACCUUCACUGGGUGUUUGUUCUCUGAGAGGAUCUUCCCUUUCUUCAGUCCAGGAGUUUUUGAUGAAGGGAAAAACAAAGAGCCUCUUAUUAUCACAUCUGUCAGUCACGAGACUUGAAAAAAAGCCUUAAAUUGAGUCAGGUAUGGGUUUAUACAUCAAUGUUCUGUAUGUAUUUUAGAUAGAUUUAAAAGAUUUGAUACAAAUAAAAUCCUCAUUUAAGAGUGUCAUCUCAGGAAUGGCCACCAGGUGCUUGUUCUAAACCUUAGUGUUUUUGAAAAACUGAAGCAAAAUUGCUUAUUUUGUUUAAUGAAUCUUAUGGUGCAUCUUUGUGUUUUGUUUUUCUUUGGUUUUUGUUUUUUUGUAUGUUUUUUUUAAUCUAAAAUGUUGUUCUUUAAGAAUAUACUAAAAAAAUGCAAAGGUUUAAAAAUGAUCUUAAUUGUUGGAGGAAAUCAGUGAAAUAUUUUUAGAUGCAAAACUUGUAAAGUGUGUCAGACAAUUGCCUCAUCAAGGCAGGCCUAACCCUUUCCUUAGAGGUGAUUUCUUUUUCUUUGUGCGCUAAUGUUUAUUUUCCACUUAGUAACAAGAACUAUUGACUGAGCAUGUUGGGACAUGUUUAAUCAGAGAUGUUUAGGGAGGGUUUUUUUUUUUUUUUUUUACAAACCUAAAAUGAAAGCAGAAUGAUGCUUAA